UCAUUCAAAAAAAAAAAAAUAUAAUUAUCUACCGUCUAUUUCUAUCUUUACACACAUCCUCGUAACUGAAGUCUCCAUCUUUCUCUACACUGUGACUGGCCACUACAGUUCUAUCUAAGACAAUUCAUCUAUUGAAAAUGGCGGCAGCCGCAGCCUCUGGCCUGCAAAUGGCAACUGCAAGGCCCUGCUUUUACUCUUCUUGCAGGGUUGUAAAGGCAGGUGCUAGUAUUUUUGCUGCCAAGUCUAAAGAGGCAUCAUGGACUAAGCUUGCUAGUGCUUCUCAUAUGUCAUUGAUACACUCUUGGCUACCGCAGAAUUAUGUGUCUUAUUCGGUUAGAUUCCGCAAGAUUGCUACACAGGCAAUGUCUGAACCUCGUGAAAGUAAGACCGCGCCUGGAUUACCAAUUGAUUUGAAAGGUAAACGUGCUUUUAUUGCUGGUGUGGCUGAUGACAAUGGGUAUGGUUGGGCAAUAGCAAAGUCUCUGGCCGCUGCAGGUGCUGAAAUUCUUGUUGGAACAUGGGUGCCUGCUUUGAACAUUUUUGAAACCAGCCUGCGAAGGGGAAAGUUUGAUGAAUCACGAGUGUUGCCAGAUGGUUCUUUGAUGGAGAUCACCAAAGUAUAUCCCCUUGAUGCUGUAUUUGACAACCUUGAUGAUGUGCCUGAAGAUAUAAAAACAAAUAAGCGGUAUGCAGGUUCCUCUAAGUGGACUGUUCAGGAAGUUGCUGAAACGGUGAAACAGGAUUUUGGCAGCAUUGACAUCCUUGUGCACUCACUUGCUAAUGGGCCAGAGGUGACUAAACCAUUAUUAGAAACAUCAAGGAGAGGAUAUCUUGCAGCUGUAUCUGCAUCAAGUUACUCUUAUGUUUCUUUGCUCCAGAAUUUCCUACCAAUAAUGAAUCCAGGUGGUUCUUCAAUUUCACUUACAUAUAUUGCUGCCGAGAGAAUUAUCCCAGGAUAUGGUGGAGGUAUGAGUUCGGCCAAAGCCGCACUUGAGAGUGAUACAAGAGUGCUUGCUUUUGAAGCCGGGAGGAAAUACAAAAUUAGAGUUAACACGAUAUCUGCUGGUCCACUGAGAAGCCGCGCUGCAAAGGCAAUUGGAUUUAUCGACACAAUGAUUGAGUAUUCGUUGGCCAAUGCACCUUUGCAAAAAGAACUAUCUGCAGACGAGGUGGGGAACACAGCUGCAUUCUUAGCGUCGCCGUUGGCUUCGGCCAUCACGGGUGCUCUUGUAUAUGUUGACAAUGGUCUUAAUGCGAUGGGCAUUAGCCUCGACAGCCCUAUAAUGAAAGACCUCAACAUCCUAAAAGACUAGCACUAGAGUUAAAUGUAGGUAGGCUAGGUUUGUAAAGGGUGAAACUUGAGUAUCAGUUAAAUGUUGCCUCGUCUUCCUCCUUGUUUCCCCAUCCCUUAAUCGGCAUUGGCGUGUUGAGCUAAGAUGGCUCGGCUCGGCCAGCAGCACCAAUUUUUUGAUGAGAUUUCUGUGUAAGUUGGAAGCAUUGAAUAUGUUGAUGAAGAUGAUUCAAUGUUUCUUCUAA